AUGGCCGAUGUGUCGCUGAAAAGGCCUCACCCGGAGGAAGAAGAACCAAACGCACAGAAGAGAUCGCGCUCCAACAAUGGCUCUCCUAUGCCAGCCGCCCCUGGCUCUGGUGGAGGCAAGGUCGACAUCGACCGUAUGGUCGCCGAGGCCAGAGCCAGGGCUGAGCAGACUCGAGCCAGGCUGCAAGCCGCAAGAGGAGAUGCCUCUGGGCCAUCUACGCCUAGUCCAGCGCCUCCUGCUGCUGCUACCGGCGCCAACAGCGCAAUGUCUAAGCUUGAACAGAUGAAAGCAAGAGUAGCAGCUGCGACUAAAAAACUCGGCGCCACCACCCAGCAAAAAACAGCCACCCCUCAACCACCAAUUCGCUAUGAAGACGAUCUGUCAAAGGCACGGGGCGGACUGGGAGUAGGUCUUCAUCCAGCACUUCUAGCAGACUCCAGCCAAGGCGCAAAGGGCCGCAAUGCAGUACAGCCCGGUUUUUCUACCACGGCGAACCGCCGAACAGAGUCGAAAAUUGGAAAAGGGAAGCCCGGGUUGGAUCUUUCUGGGCCAUCGCUGGAAGAAAUUCGACAAAAUCCGUAUUUCGAUAACACUCUCCAUGCUACUUCGAAGCCUCGCUUUGCAAAGCAGCUCAUUUUCAAUCAAAAAGGGAAAUACAUCGCCCAGGCCGCGGCUCUACGCAGCCAAGCACAGCGGGAAGAGUUGAAGAAACGGAUUGCCGAAAUGACGCGACAAACAGAUGAGGAUAUGGGUGCUGAAAGAGCUUUCGAAGUUCCCGAACCUCCGGCACUCGAAUGGUGGGACGAAGGUCUGGUUAAUGGAGACAAUUACGCUGCGAUCGACGAUCCCAAGAACAUCAAAGUCGGUACAGAAGACUCGCUAGUCACGAUUUAUAUUCAGCAUCCCGUUUUGCUAUCAGCCCCUCAGGAAAAAUUGGUUCCAGCGCAAAAACCGAUGUAUCUCACAUCCAAAGAACAAGCCAAGAUUCGCCGGCAGCGGCGCAUGGCAGACCUAAAGGAACAACAAGCGAAAAUCAGAUUAGGCCUGGAACCUGCUCCGCCACCAAAGGUCAAGAAGUCCAACCUCAUGCGUGUUCUGGGUGAAGAGGCUGUCAAAGAUCCUACGGCUGUAGAAGCCCGUGUGAAUCGCGAAAUUAUAGAGCGACGCGACACUCACGAGCAUGCAAACCAAGAACGCAAGCUUACCCAAGAAGAGCGGCGGGAGAAGCUUGCUGCUCAGCAAGAAAAAGAUGCCGAAAAAGGAAUAUACGUGAGCGUCUACAGAAUCGACAACCUUGCAAAUGGUCGCCAUCGAUUCAAGAUUGGUAAAAAUGCAGAACAAAUGGCGUUGACGGGUGUAUGUGUCAUGCAUCCGAAGCUCAAUCUGGUCAUCGUCGAGGGUGGCUCUCACUCAGUAAACGCCUACAAGAAGUUGAUGCUUAACCGCAUUGACUGGACCGAGAACUCUGGUCCAGCUCCUCAACGGGAAGGAAACCGGGAAGCGGCCGCCUCGUGGCUGAACCCUGAAGAUGAAAAGGGUGAAUUACGAGAUCUCGGCUCUAACACUUGUACUCUGCUUUGGGAAGGUCAGCAAAGGACGAGAGCAUUCCGCAAAUGGCUGGGAGCGCGAAUUUGCGAAACCGAUGCCUCUGCCAUGAAGACUUUGUCCAGAGCCAAGAUGGAAAACUUUUGGACUUUGGCUAAGAGUUCAAAGCAAGCUAUUGCGUGA